AUGGAGGUCUGCGUGUCUUGCCGUCAGCUGAUCUGCGGCGAUGACUUCGUCCGCGUGUCUUUAACAAUAAUUAGUGCGUGCGGCAGAUGGUGUGGAUUUGAGGCGUUACAUAACCGCGCCCUGCCAACCCCCGAGUCCGGAGACCAGGCCGAGAGAGAGGCAAGCACUCCUGCUAUCAUCAGGAGCCAGCAGAACACCAGCAGGGGGCUAUGGGAAGGGCCCUCAGGACGAGAGGCAAGGAGACUGAGGGCCCCGUGGCACCACUGUCACCCCCUCACCCAUAGCGGGGGUCUCAGCGUGCACUUUGAUCACCGCUUCUGCCCCGUCUUCAAAGUGGCUCAAAAGUAG